GAAUAGGAUCAUUGGGACGGCCAUGGUUCGAGGAAACGUACUAGCCAGUCUUAGGACAUCAAGGCAAGCGUUCCAUAGCCAGAUAAGAAAGUUAAGGACGUAAGGAAACUUAGACUUAACCUUAUGCAAGUCGAGAGUCAGCUAGACCGAGCAAGACGGUAGCUGGACGGAUGGAACGGGUAGGUCGACCAGCUCAACAGAGUUAGGUUAAGGUCACUCCAGCUCGGCCACUACAAGGUCAGCUCCACUAGCUGGACUACUAGCUCACUCAGCUGAGGCAGCUGGGGGUCAGCUCAUCUCAGAUGGACGGACUGUUCGGGUUUCUGUCCGAUGUGUUGAGAUGAGCUGAGUAAUAUGAGGAGAGUUGUCCAGGUUUGAAGAGGAUGAGAUGUUGAGUAGAGGAGAAGGAUUGGUCUUAGGAAGACCCGUCCAUACAGGUCCGUACAGGUCCAUACCAUGGCCGUACAGCUGUUCGGACGGUAUCGAUCAUGCGGUAAAGAAAUGUUACCGCGGGAAGAAGUUACUCGACCAGAUCAUGUUUUAUCUCGACCAAAUGAAGCAUAUGACCGUUGGUGGGAAGAGGAGGAGCGUCUCUACAGGCUGGCACAGCUGGAUGGAUGAGGUUUGCUUUUAGAAUAGUGACCACGCGUGUGGAGAGGCUAAUUGGUCCGGUUUAUAGUAAAGGCUACCUUAUCUUUGACCUCACAUGCUUAGUCUCUCUAAAACCUUUGUAUCACAGUCCUAUAUAUUGUAAACACUCUCUCAUCAAUAAGUUUAAGCGGAUUAUGUCACUCUCUCUCUUGUUCAUCAUGGAUCAUACAUAAUCUCUCCAUUUCUUCCACAAUCUCUCUUAAACUCCACUAAUCUUUUAUUAAAUCUCUCUUAAUAUCUCAAUACCUACUCUAUUCUCUAAAAUCUCAUGGUAUCAGAGCCAGGUUGGCGGCUUUGGUAUUGAGAGAAUCCAUUUCCUUUCUUUGCACUUGCGAGUUUGUUCUUGUGUGAUAAAGAAGAGAAGAUGGAGACGACAAACUUUAGCAAACUGAUAACUGUUCCGGUCGCACUGAAAGGACGUUCAAACUACUUGAUGUGGUCUCGGUUGGUGAAGAAUACCAUUGGAAGGCUAGGGCUGUGGAACCACAUUACAGAUGAUGGUCCGGAGCCAGUGGCCAAAGAAGAUGAAGAAGAAGGCGACGGGAAGACUCUGGCGGUAGCUGAAGAAAAGAGAUGGGUCCAAGAAGAUUUGAUGGUGCUGUUUGUGCUCCAUGCCUCUCUGGAACUCCCCAUCCAUGAAGCUUACGUGCACUUUGAGAGUCCUAAGCGCCUUUGGGACAUGCUCCACAAGAGGUAUGGAAACAAGUCCAACAUAAGCCGUGUGUUUGAUCUGAAGCAAACCAUCAGCGCAUUGAAGCAAGAUGGAGAAGACCUCACCAAGCACAUGGGGAAGUUUGGAGCUUUGUGGUCUGAACUUGAGAGUCUUAGACCCAACACUACUGAUGAGGAAUCGCUCAUUGUGAGGAGGGAGCAAGAUCAGGUGUUUGGGCUGUUGAUGACUCUAGAUGUAGCUACCAGGAUGUGAUUAAACAUAUCCUGAGAUCACCUACUCUUCCAUCCAUGGAGGAGAUAUGCGCGCAACUUCAGAAGGAGGAAGGAUCUCUUGGUUUGUUUGGAGGCAGGAAGGGGAUGUCCACGGCUCAUCAAACAGAAGAGGCGCAAGCAAACAAGGCAGCGUACCGUGGAGAUGGAAGGAAGUAUGAAAAGUAAAAGGGAAGCUGUGAGCAUUGCAAGAGGCAGGGGCAUAAGAAGAGUCAGUGCUGGAUUCUGCAUCCACACCUCAGGCCAAGCAAGUUCAACAAGGAUAGAGAAGCUAAAGCUCACCUUUCUGCCGAAGAAGGUGGUGCUGGUUCAUCCGGGGCUAGUCCAAGUGUCAAGGCGGGUGAAAGUGAAGGCAGAGCUCUAGCUUCUCAGGAGGUGAUCACCAAGGCUGACUUUGAGGCAUUCAUUCGAGCCCUCAAGGAGUCUGGUAAAAUGCUCGGCAACACUCUCGGAUACUCAUACUCUGCUCAUGCAUUACCUAGUAUCUCUGAUAAGCUGUUAGAAAUUUUAAAACCUCAUGCACUGCUACUGCUCAUACUAGCAUCUCUGAUAAAUUAUUAGGGGGUGUUUAAGAGCCUGAAAGCUGAAAAUGAAAUAUCUAGAAUCAGUACUGCUAGGAACUUGCAUAAACCAUUGAUAAUUGAUUCUGGUGCAUCCCAUCCCAUGAUUAGUGAUAACAACCUGAUGAAAUAUAUAGAACCUGCGCAUGGUCAUGUCAUGAUUGCAAAUGGAGAUAGGAUUUCCAUUAUAGGCACUGGUAAAUUGCAAAUGGAGAUAGGAUUUCCAUUAUAGGCACUGGUAAACUGAACUUAUUUAAUAAGGAUUCAAAAGCAUUUUUCAUGCCUGAUUUUACCUCUAAUCUCUUAUGAGUUAAGAAAUGCACUACUGAUCUUCAAUGCAAUGUUAUCUUCAGUCCUAAUGAUGUUAAGUUUCAGGAUAUUAAGAGCAGUAAGUUGAUUGGGCAAGGAGCAACCAAGGGAGAUCUUUACAUGAUUGAAGGCCUUGCACCUAUUUCUAGUUCUUGUUUCUCGUUUAGUUAU